GCGACACUGUGAGUUUGCUCUUUGUAUAAUUUGCGAUUGUUAGUUCGAUUUUCUAGUGAUUUUCGUUGUGGUUAAUAUGGGGAUAUGUAUUUCCCUGUGUUGUUGUGGGUGACUUGAUCGUGGUAAUUUUAGUGCAAGCGCGAGUGAAUUGAAACGUUUUGUGGCGUAGAAAAUGAAACUUGGAACAUGAUCGUGUACCUUUGGAGCUGAAUUAUGGAAUUUUGGAAUAUGGAUGAUAGACGGGAAGUCAGACAUCGCGGUCGUGGUGCGGACUUUGUAGGUGGCAUAGACAACGAAGCGUUGGACUUCUCCCAAUUGGAGGACUUCAUCAACAAUGACGGCUCCCAAGGAAACAGCACCUACUUCAGCGAAUCGCUCAACUCUGCUGUAGCCACCUCCACCACUGGAAAAUUGCUCAACGUCAUUGUCGAAAAUAAGAGGAACAAUAAUAGUCACCAUGCUCUACCUGACUCCCCGCCAGACAGCAGUUCUGAACACCCUUACAGCCCUCAAGAUGGCUGUCCAGGGGACCCUACAGGAGGAGGAGGGCAACCUCCUCCUUCACAAGAUCCUACACAACAGCAAUCUGCACUCUAUACCAGUAUCUACAAGCCAGAAAUUAUGAGCCCAUUGCUGACCGGAACAGGUCCUAGUUCGGUCACAGACGGCCUGAUUCUUGGCUCACAUAUUGUGGUAACCGACCAUCAAAGUGACCAAAUCACCAAUGCCGAACAUUUAUUGGGAUCUGGUGCCAACCUAACUGCCGACAGAAUCAUACUAACUACAUCUCCUGAUGGAACAGAGAAUAACCGUUCAUUAUUAAUGGCAACGGAUUCCCCUCAGCAUUAUGACAGGAACCUUCACCUUAACUACAGCCACAAUAUAGACAGCAUUCAGAGGAACAAUAUUGAUAACGGACUAUGUGAUUCGAACUUAGAUAAUAUCCAAAAUGUGUAUACAAACUUACAAAGCAUUCCUAAGAAACGGAAAUUGUCACAAGAUUCCCUGAUGGUCAAAAGCGAACCAGACCAUUGUUCGUCAAGUCAAUUAAGCCCUUCAGAGCAAGGAAACAACACAUCAAUGGAUGAAGACUACCCCUCUUCUGAGGCCUGUCUUUCUGAACCCCAGUACCAGUGCAUCAAAUUCAGUCCUUUCCAACAGAGUAACUGGCAUACGUUGUGUGAUCAGAAUUUAACAGAAAUACUUCCGCCGUUAUACAGGGUGGACGCUGAUAAAGGUUUUAAUUUCUCGAAUGCCGAUGACGCUUUUGUGUGUCAAAAGAAGAACCACUUCCAGAUAACUUGUCAAGUGCAACUGUUAGGAGAUGCUCAAUUUGUAAAGACAGCAGAUGGUCUGCAAAAAAUCUCAAGUUUUCAUCUGCAUUUCUAUGGAGUGAAGCAUGACUGUCCAACUCAAACAAUAAGGGUGGAACAGAGUCAGAGCGACAGGAGUAAAAAACCAUUCCAUCCUGUUCAGGUUGAAUUGGUAAAUUCACAGGUAACGAAAGUGACAGUUGGCAGGCUACACUUCAGUGAAACCACAUCAAACAAUAUGAGGAAAAAGGGAAAACCAAAUCCCGAACAAAGAUAUUUUCAGCUUGUGGUUGGUCUCCACGCACAUACCACUAGUGGGAAUUUUCCUAUUAUCAGCCACGCCAGCCAAAAAAUAAUAGUCAGGGCCUCAAAUCCUGGACAAUUUGAGAGUGAUGUCGAGUUAUGUUGGCAAAAAGGUCAAACGCAGGAUUCGGUCGUUCACUCUGGAAGAGUGGGGAUAAACACAGAUAGACCCGACGAGUCUUUAGUGGUGCAUGGUAACAUCAAAAUAACAGGACACAUCAUACAACCUAGUGAUAUUAGAGCAAAGAAAAACAUUGUAGAGUGCAACACUGCUGAGCAGUUAAAGAACGUACAAAGAUUGAGAGUGGUCAGAUAUGAAUAUGAACCCGAAUUAGCUGCUCAACUCAAUAGAGAUAACACUUGCUUGGACACAGGCGUCAUAGCUCAAGAAGUGGCCCAAGUUCUACCAGAGGCUGUUAAACCUGCUGGUGAUAUUGUUCUUCAGAAUGGGACUUCCAUUGACAACUUUCUAGUUGUGAAUAAGGAAAGAAUAUUCAUGGAAAACAUAGGUGCCGUUAAGGAACUGUGUAAAGUGACUGACAACUUGGAAAACAGAAUCGACCAAUUAGAAAGGAUAAAUAGGCGACUGAAUAAGUUAAAAAGGGGGGAUAGUCUUAAGUCUACCAGUACAGUGAACAGUUCAAAAUUAUCUUACUCGCAUAAGUGCUCCAAGCAUCACCAUCACUCCUGUCAGAACGAUGAUGAAUUGUGCUCAAACAAGUUUAUACAGAUAGUUAUUGUUGUUCUGGUGCUCAUCAUGGCUUUUUGUCUGGCUGCCAUAACGACGUUGUACCUGAUGGAGGCAGCCCGUCGGUCUCAGUACUUGCCUCCAAAUCUAGACACGCCUCCAAGGAGUCAUGUGACCAAAGGACCCACCAAGUCCACAAAGAUUCACAAUUCAUGGACAUCCACCAGCGCUCCACGCCAUACAACUAAUCAUUAUAAGGAAGAUGAGGUGAGAAAGGCGACUAUAGGUCAAAGUAUGAUCAAGAGACCUUCGUUUAUCAUAGGAAGACCGCAUGAAUGCUUGACUGUUGAACAGGAUUUAGAAAGCACAAACCUUUGUAAGAUUUAUUGUUGUCUGCAACGACCUCCUCAGGAGCUAGUACCAUCACAUUUCUCAGAAAAGAAGCCGCCUAAUCUAAACAGAAAUAAGACAUUGCCCUUGAUCAAUGUUGAGAAAAAUAAAAUAUCAAAACCAUUCCAUUCAAAUGAUAUCGAGAAGCAGAUACGACAAAAGAGGGACACCUUCACAGAUGAGGCUAAUUUAUUUGAUAUAUCAGAUGACCAACUAUUCACAAUAAUUAUCGAAGGUAGAAACUUUAGCACUCCAUUGAGUUACGAGUACAGAAAUCCAGAGCACAACUCUCAGUACAAUAUAUCAUAUUCCGUUCCUAUAUCCAAAUAUAUGCCUGACGACUUCGUUAAUUUGAUAUUUAGGUCAAAUCAGCCCAAUAUAAAAGAAAUAGAGCACUGCUACAAUGACAGAAAGAUGAACGAGUGCGCUUAUAUGGGCCCUUCGCCAUACUUCGAAGACAAAUUGAAAAUGAGGCACAAAGUUAACGAAAACAGUCCAAGCCAGCUGUUGGGCAUCAAAAGUAUAAUUUUCGAAGUAGACAUGAUCGAUUUUCAGUCCAAGGUGAUGACAUAUAGGGCCUCUUUGGGUCAAAAUGAGAACACCUGCAACUUGUCUCCUGGUCAACUGGGUUUGGAGUAUAUCGAAUACAAUUUUUACUUUUAUAGGCGCUGUGAUGAAUGAAUUUCUUCUUUAUAUAUGUAGUACGUACUCAUUGUGUGAAAAUUGAUAUAUUAUUUUUUAACCUUUUACAUUUAACCAGAACAUAAAUGACAUAGAUUUAGUUUUUGUGAAUACUCGAAAAUGUUUUUGUAUGUUUUACUGUUUUUUUUUUGUUGUACUCAUUGUUUCAGAUUUAUAUUGUUUAUGUAUUUAGAUAUUUUUAGUUCAUAGUAUUUAUUCUCUUUUUAUCGGCAAAUGCUCGAAUUUGAAGUGUCUAUAUAAUUUAAAUGAUAACAAUAAUCAAUAGUGGCUUCCUAGUGUUGUUCUAGAUCUAUUACUAUAGUAACAGUUUUUAUGAAGUUCAAACGUCGUAAUUUUAGAUAUCAAAAUUGGACAUAAUCUCUAUAACAAUCCCAGUCAUUUGCAUAUUAGUGUAAUUUUUUUUAUAGAAAUACGAAAAAUUAAUUUUUAGAAGAAACUAUUUUUGUGUUCUUUAAGGAUCAAAAAAUACAUUCUUGAUAAAGUUUUAAAUAUAAGUGCAAUUUAAUUGAACUUGUCUUUUUAGAUAGAUGUAAGACACGCAUUAGUUAUAAGUAAAAAGUUAGUUCAAAUUGCCUUGAGUUAAUAUAUAGACAUAUCAUAUAUUGAUAAAAAACAUACAAGUGUAAAAUAUUUCAAGAAGAAUAACUUUUACACUAUAUUUUGUAUAUACCUAAGUUACAAACAUUAUUAAAACUAUAUACAGACAAUUCCAAUUUUGCAGAUAUAUUAUAUUAAUUAUCUUGCCCUAUUUCUUACAAUAAACAAAAUAUGGAAUAAAGAGAUUUCAAUGUAGGUUGAAAAAAUAUAUAUUGUAACCUAUCUUAAAUCUACCGAAUUCUAAUAGUACUUGAUGAAGUUCACGUAGAUUGAAAUUUGAUUAAUUUUAGCUUGAACCAAACUGUUAGCAGCUAGCCCCACCUUACUUGAAAAUAGUGUGUUCCAUCAUUUAGUUGUUCUGUUUUGAUAUUUAAUAAGGAUAACGCUACAUUCCCUCCUGAGUAUGAUCUUUGUAAUUUUAUUGUAAUUGCUAUAUGGUAUAGUAGCUGUAGCGUAUAACCAUAUUCUGCAUGUUAGCAUGUAAAUGAUCUAGUCUAGAAACAUCACAACUACUCCUAGUGACAAAAUAUAUAAUUUUAAUUCAAUUUAUAAAAGGUACUUAAGACAAUUGUGUGUCCGUCCAACAAAAGCAGGCGAGAAAAAUAUAAGAUACAUUAUUUGCUGCAAUUAUCCAUACCUUGCAAGUUCACUUUUCUCUGUUUUCCACCAUUAUACACAUACGGUGGGGUUCAAAUUUUGCUGACGUAAUGUGUACGAGAGAGAAGCGCGGUACGCGUGCGAUAUGUAAGAAAGUGCGCCGAUAUCUUGCGUGACCUUGUACUCGGGUUGAUAGGCAACGAGGUGUUUUUGUCUUUUUCUAACACACGUAUUGCACGCUUCUCGCGCUUCUCUCUCGUACACAUUACGACGUCAGUGUAUAUAGGAAUUAUCCACAUUCUGUAAAUCUUUCUCUAUUAUCUUGUUUCUUCAAACUAAGGUUGGCAACUCCAAGCAAUUCUAAAUACUGAUUCCUUGAAGAUAAUUCAAAAUCAUUUACUUUCAUUAAAAACUUUCAGUUAUUUUUAUUUCAGUUUUAUAGUAAUUUAUUCCUUUCCAGAAUGUGUAUGUAUAGUUUUCGUCUUCAAGUAAGUUGUGUAACGUAAAACAAAAUUUUCCCAAAACCUUACAAAAAUCCUAUGAAGGAUCAAAAUUUGGAUUGGUCAUUCUUUAGCAUAACGAAAACUUCUGGAUCCUAGGCGGUAGGCAGGGACUGAUUUUUUUUUAAACUAUUUGAUUUUUUCAUUUUAACUUCCUUUACAAAAUAUUUUCGAUCGAAUAUAAUUAUUAUUCAAUGAUACAACGUGUAUAGAAAAACUGUUCAGCAUCUUCAAAAAGUAUACUUUCAGCUCGUCAUGCUGUUAACAUUAUUGUUUUACAUUUACUUCAAGAUAUUCGUAGAUAAGGUGCAGAAAAUUAACUUGAAAAUAAUGACCAAAAGAAAGUCGAACUUGAUAGUGGUAUAUUUUCUUUUCUAAAAGUAGAAACUUUUGCUUCUCAGUAUAAUUAUUCUACAACAAAUGGAAAAUGAAAAUGUGAAAGGGUUUUUAUUGAAUAAGAUUUAUUAUCUAAAAUAUCACUUGACCCCAAAAAAUAAUUUUCUCUCAAGAUGAAUUUUUAAUACACUCACGUUUAAAUUCAGCUUUUGCAAUUCUUAUUAAUUAUGCGGUUUGGUAAAUGGUUCAAAAAAUAAUGAUGGCUCGAAAAUUCGGCAUUCGAGCACUUACCUAGUUACUGCUCUAAGAAAAUUGGCUUGAUCUCAUAAAUGCAUGUAGCUACAUAUGAAAACGUCGCAAAAGCAACAUUUUUUAGUUUAUACAACAAGCUAAAUAAUGGUUUUGAAAACUUUUUUCUGGAUACAGAGUGUCCCAGAAAUAACACGCCAGAGUGUCACGGGAGGUAGAUUGACUUCAGAUCAAUCAGAUAAAAUUAACAUGUCCUUGGAAAAAGUUUUCUAGUUUUCAGUAUAUUUCCACUUUUAGGUUUUUUCAAAAAAUCCGUUUUUUUUUUUCUCUUUUUUGCCUGUUAUGGCUAUUAAGAACUUCUAACAUGAGUUUAGCACGCGGUAUGCAAAAAAAAUUAAUACAUUUUAUUUUAAAGUGAAAACCUUUACUAGUUUGACUAAUGUACCAGACUGAACCGGAGAAUGAUCUCAAAAACUAGCCUAUUUAAUGCCCUUUUAAAAAUAAUAUAACAUUUGUAGGUUCUUUUUACUAAAAAUUGAAUAACUCCAAGUUUUAUCAUUGAAACUUGCAAAAUACUGCAAAUAAAACAUAUCUUUUGUAUCCAAAUCACUAAGGAAUGAAAAAAUCCAAAAAUUUAAAAAAAUUCAGUCCCAGCAUACCUACUGCAGGGUCUGGAACUUUUCGUUGGGCUGAAUAACAAUAUUCAAUAUCCCAAAUCCAAAUGAUCAUCCAUUAUAGAAUUUUUGUUAGAUGGGAGGUUCUAAUUUACUAUGUCCGUAUUAGAAAUGUGGAUUUUCCCUUUAUAAAUAUUUAAGUGGAUGGCUGAUCUAGAUAUUACUUUUCGGCAUUAAAAUAUAUUGGACAUUUUUGGAUCCCAAAAAAACACUGAUGUAAAAUAAGUAAACUCUAUUGGAAGAUGGAUAUUUGGUGGUUCUUUAUUUUUCGUUGUCUUAUAUGAUCUCAGUUCUACAAAACAAUUUGAGGAAUACAGAGCUGAAGGGUGUUGUUAUUGAAAAGUAAUAACCAGAUUGUUGAAUGCAUUCAUAUGAAAUUUCAUUCCUAAUAAAGUAAACUAGGAAAUAGAGCUAUAUUAGCAAGUAUGUAUUUUACACAUUCUAGUGAAAUGAAUAUAAUAUUCUGCAUACACACAUUCCAGUUUAUAUUGUUAUAUAGAUCUUUUAUUUUAUACAAGAUAUAUUUUUACUUUUAUUAGAUUUUAUCUGCAAAUAGAUAUACAUAGUUUUGUCUUGUGCAUAGCUAGAUUUUUUC